UGAAAAUGAAUACGAGAGGAUGAGAAACAACAAAGCCAAAGAGAAUGAAAAGAAGGUGCAAGCUAUGGGGUUCAAGCAUAUACCAGCUUCUUUAAGCGAUUUUGUUUAUUACGUACCUGUGAAGAGGAAUGGCAAACUAAUCAGGGCUGAGGCGGAUGAUGAAACCUCACCUGGUAAUGAGGAUGAUAGUGAUUACGACUUUGAUCAGUCUAAUGACUCUUUUCAGCAAGAGGUUGUAAGGAUGCAAGUGGUACAUCAAAUGCAGCCUGGAACAUCACAUCUUCAACGAGCCCCUACCAGAAACCAACAUGACGUGAGCCCCAUCCAUGAGAGGGUGACCCGAUUGACCCCACAUCCAGAUGUGGGUAUCCAACCUCCACAACCUCUUGAUAUUGAGCAAGAGAUUCAGGCAGCCCCCUUUGUAGCACCUGUCGUUGCUGAUAGACCUAUCCAUGGCCCGACACGAGGCUUGAUGGUUUAGCAAAUAUUCGACAAAGAAGGAAAGCUUCUUGUUCCCAUCCCACGGUGUUUUCGUGCACCUGUCGGGAAGUAUCCAUGUAAACUUGCCACGCAGAUUGGUGUAGAGGUUUUUACAAAUUUGGAAAAUCUUACUAUCCGUAGAUGGAAAGUUGCAGAUGAAAGUGUGAAGGCACCUAUGCUUCAAUGCAU